AUGGGUUCAACUCCCGAGAGACCGGAAGGUAAUUUGCCGCCACCACCGACAGAAUUACCAUCAUUUUACCUGCAUCAAAAGGAAACAGCAUUCAUCCCACCAGUUCCACCACAACUACAUCCAGCAUUAGAGUCACCUGAAACAACCCUUUCUUACACCAUGACAAAUUCCGAAAUUCCAUCAAUUACAUUUCCACCUCUUCCUCCUUCUUCCUUUCCUCCUGCGCCCUCUACCCCUAUAUUACCAUCGACGCAGCUCUUAGCAUCAUCAGCACAGGUAAUUCCACCAACUCCAUCCGUUUCCCUUACUUCGUCCUCUGCUAUUCCUGUUGUGGAACAAUCUCCGGUGAUAAUUUCACCAGAAAUUCAUACUACUGCCGCAGAUAUACCGACGACUGUUUGCCAAACAGUAUCUUCAACAAUAUUACCGCAACCGAUGGUCGUAUCACCUACACAAAUUAUGAUUCCAAUGAAUGCACAGAAAACGGAACAAACGAUAUCAGAAAUAAAUGAUGAAUCGAAAGGAAUAAGUGUAUUGCAUUGGUUUCAACAAACUGUGCAACAGUCAGAAUUCUUAUCCAAAAUGGCUAAUAAAGCCAAGAUAGGAAUGGAUUCGGUAUUGACGGCACUGGAUCCUGGAAUGCGAGAUUUUCUGAAUGGUAGCGAUGUGUUGCAUGCUGUUGUACUAUGCUACGCUAGUAAACAGAUUAUCGAUGCUGUAAAACAUGGCCUAUGUCAGACAUUUAGUGAAAUAAUAUUUAAUGAAAUACCUGCAGAAGUAGAACUUGCUACUAACAUUCAGAUUGUUGGAUACAAUUCAGCUUGGAAGAAAGCAAAGGAAUGCUUGACUAAUCUACGAAACAAUAAUAUUGUUACUCCGGAAACAACACUAUUCAUUAUACAGCCGUUUAUAUAUCAAGUUGAUAAUUGUUGGUUUGAUACUGCUCUAAUAUUAGCUCAAAAGGGAGACGUUGAAGUCAGUGUAUUUAUACAAGCAACACAAGUUGAUGCUGACAUAAUUGCUAUACUUCAGAAAUAUACACCAAAAGGAUACGCAAGUGAUGCAUUUGCUACAACAGUUGGUUAUGCAUAUGCGGAAAUGUAUGGUGGUGAUCCGGAUGAUUGGCAAAGAACUCUUCUUUCAUUUUCUUCUACUGAACUCUAUCGAGCAGCAUCCCUUGCGCUUGGAACAAAUUUGAAGCGGAUUUUGUCGAUGAAGAAUUCCUCCAAACCCGCGUUGUAA